AUGGCACAGAGAAAUGAUCCGAUACAUCGGCGUGUGAGAAGCAACCCAUCUCGGCAUAAUAAUUAUUACGACGAAAGACCCAUGUCGCUGGAACUUGAAACGGAUUUUACGAAUACAGAAACGAAAUUAGUCGUUUUGGACUUCCUCUCUUCACAACCUAUUGAGCAUUUAACAGCGAGAAAUGCUACCAGAAGAAAGACUGUAAGUUUUGACGACAGACACCGAAAAAGCUCUCUUGGGAAAAGCAGUAGCCUCGGCAGUAGCGAUGGCUCGAGCCAUGAAGCAUACAGAAGUCGCUAUGCGAAAUUGGCAAAAUCAGGAAAGUCGCUCAGAAAACAAUAUUCACUGCGUUUGAAAAGAGAUUUAGAUGAGUAUCUGAAACUUCGUGGAAAAUCGAUGGACGAUUUAUCGGAUCCACCCGGUACACCAGCCGGCUCUUGGGACGAGGGUAUGGGUGAAUACCAACACCAACGGUCCUACACAGAGGGGGAGACCUAUUUCAGGUUACGGUCCAGAUCCCCUAUCAGAGCUCAGUCGCAAUCCGCCGACUCCCCAAAGCCGCGAAGAAAAAUUUCCCGGGAAUUGAAAGAGGGGAUUACGGACUUUAAUAUAGAAUCUUUGCGACAUGUUGAAGUCGAGGAGGUCAGUGUUUUAACGGAAAGCAUGGAUGAUAAUAUUGUUCGGUAAAUAUGAUGAUGUUUUAUUUAUUUUUUUAUUUAAUUUAAAAUUAAAGAUCCGGUACAAUUCCAGGUCUUAAAAUAUUCACAGACAUUGUCCGACCGAUUUGUGAAAUUGUCCGACGUAGAGAGGAAGACAUCGGACAUUCUGUCUGAUCUAAGUGAAACUGAGGUUUGUCGGACCUGAGUGAAUUCGUGUCCGACCUAACUGUGUUAACUAUUUAUAUUUAUUAUUCUAUUUAUUAUUUAAGAACUAAUUUUUGAUAACUGUAUUAUUUUUUUUUCAAAAAGGGCAAAAUAUAUUUAUUUAUUAUUUAUUGUAACUUUUUGUCCAACGUAAAUCAAAAUGUACCCUAGUCAAGGACUAGAGGCUCAUACGUUAAUUUAAAUGGCCGAGAAUCAGAAUAAUGUAUAAAAAGUGAACUGGAAAUAUGUAAGUUCUUUGAAAUAUGUAAUCAAGUGCAGUGUUUUCACCGUGGGUUCGGCAAUUCAUUGCCAAGAUUCAAAUGACUUUUCAAAAUUGUGCUGGUAUUGAUUUGUGUCUGCAUUCAGACAUAUUUCCAAGCCAAACUGAACUCGAAGUACGGUAAUCAGACAUCACAAUGCAUAUGUCUGACCCAAACUAAAAGUUAUUGAAAAUUUUAUCAGACGGUUCUCUGACGGAUAUUUUAAGGUCUGACAGUGACACAGUUUUGACUUGUUAUUUAUCUCGUCUUUUUUUCCAAACAAUAUUUAUUAUAGCCUAAUUUGAUUUUAAAAUAGCAUUUUAAUAUAAAAUCCUGCUUCAUUUUAGGUCCAGACGUCACAGACCAGAGAGUCUAGAACUUCCCUGUCAUCAAGAACGCCGGCUUUCCCCAGUCCUCUCUCCUGAAAGUCAAGUUGCGGUCAGACUUGAAAUGAUAUCGCAAGAGAUACUAACAAAGUACCCAGAUAUUUUUGACGAGCAAAUUUCACGAGUAAGCCUACAAGAUUUAACGUACGAGAAAUUUGCUUCUGUCGCUCGCAAAGUGAUCGAGAAACACCCUGGAGGUUGGACACGGAUUGCCUUGGUUUGUUACUUCGCACGCGAACUCGCGUUAGAAGAUGAAUCCACGGAUGAUCAGCUGGACAAUUUGGUCAGCUUUAGUUCCAAGUUUAUAUCAGAGACAAGCGCUGAGUGGAUUGCUAGUCAGGGAGGAUGG